GUUUGCAUAAUGUCGGAAAUGGCCGAGUUGUCCGAGCUAUAUGAAGAGAGCAGUGACCUGCAAAUGGAUGUGAUGCCUGGCGAAGGUGACCUACCGCAGAUGGAGGUAGGCAGCGGGAGCCGGGAGCUAUCCCUGCGUCCCUCCCGCAACGGGGCCCCGCCACUGCUCGAGGAGGAAGGCCCAAUGGAGGAGGAGGCGGCCCAGCCAAUGGCGGCGCCAGAGGGGAAACGGAGCCUUGCUAACGGGCCCAACGCUGGGGAGCAGCCAGGCCAGGUGGCGGGCGCAGACUUCGAGAGCGAGGACGAGGGCGAGGAAUUUGAUGACUGGGAGGACGACUACGACUAUCCCGAAGAGGAGCAGCUUAGUGGUGCCGGCUACAGAGUAUCAGCCGCUCUUGAAGAAGCCGACAAGAUGUUUCUGAGAACAAGAGAAGCAGCCCUGGAUGGCGGGUUUCAGAUGCAUUAUGAGAAGACCCCGUUUGAUCAGUUAGCUUUUAUCGAAGAGCUUUUUUCACUGAUGGUUGUCAAUCGUCUGACCGAAGAACUCGGCUGUGAUGAGAUUAUUGAUAGAGAGUAGUUACAUGCUGUUAAAAGAGGAGGAAACUACUUGAGGAGGGACCCAACUUUCCGCUAUCUUUUGGGUUCAUUCCAAAUAGUUUUGUGCCAUUGAAAAACUUGACCUUCAAAAAAAUUUGUUUUUCAGAAUAGAAGACAAUAGGACAGUGACUGCACAGUUGUGAAAAAGGAGGAGAAUCAUUAAAGAAAAAGAAAAAAAGAUUUUAAGACCGUUGAAAUCUCUUAUCAAGAAUGUCCUAAAACACCUAUGGCUUUGACUUUGUUACUGAUCCAGAUUAUUUUCCUUGCAUUGGGGAAAAUAUCUUUCAUAUUUGUUUGCUGUAAAGAUGGUUUUGCAAGAAUAAGUCAUGACCAAGACAAACUGCCAAUACAAGAGCCCACUGAUAUUAAUUAUAUAAUGAGAAAAAA